AUGACUGCGUCAAUGGAGAUGCAGCCUCGCCAAAAUGACGACGUCCCAGAUGCUUCUCAGCCGGGAAAAGUGGACGUGGACUUUGUAGAGAGCACGGCGGGAGCCAUCCCUUCCAGUUAUUCCGAUAUCGUGGAAUCUCGCAUUUCAAAGGCACACAGAGACUACCUGAUGGAGCGGCACGGCACACUAGAACUUGAUCCCAUCCCUAGCAUGGAUCCAGCGGACCCGUACAACUGGCCGUCCUGGAAGAAGCUGGCGAAUCUGGUUUUGGUAGCUAUUCACGCAUGUAUGGGUACCUUUGCCGCUGCUGGUAUCAUUCCUGCCUAUGCAACGAUCGCGAAGGAGUACAACAUUACGAUCCAAAAAGCGAGUUACCUGACAUCGCUCCAGAUCGCCAUCUUGGGCGGGGCCCCAUUGUUCUGGAAGCCCAUGUCUAAUCGCUAUGGACGUCGUCCGAUCUUCCUUAUCUCCCUGAUGUGCAGCCUAGUAUGUAAUGUGGGGUGUGCGAAAAGCACGGACUAUGCAUCAACUGCCGCCUGUAGAGCUUUGCAAGCAUUUUUCAUCUCUCCAGCAUCUGCCAUCGGAAGUGCUGUUGUGAUGGAGACCUAUUUCAAGAAAGACCGUGCCAGGUACAUGGGUGUGUGGACCCUGUUGGUCACCUUGGGAAUUCCCCUGGGUCCAUUUAUUUUUGGGUUCGUCGCAUAUCGGGCAGGCUACGUAUGGAUUUACUGGGUUCUGGCAAUAGUCAACGGCGUCCAGUUCAUCUUGUAUCUCUUUCUGGGACCAGAAACUCGGUAUGUUGGCAGCAAUGUCAACCCAAAUCAGCCUGCGUGGAAGAGAGAGUAUCUUUCACUCCGUCGGAUCGACCCGACUCCUUUCUCGUGGUGGGAGUUCGUUAAGCCUCUUUCCAUGGUUAUGUAUCCCUCUGUUAUGAUCCCAGCCGCGGCGUACGCAAUGGUCUUCUUAUUGAGCAACGUGUUGGCCACCGUUGAAGUGCCAGAAUUGCUCCAGGAAAAGUUCGAGCUGAACACCGAGCAACUCGGUUUGCAGUUCCUGGGUCCCAUUAUCGGCUCCGUCAUUGGCGAGCAAUUAGGAGGCACCCUGUCGGACGUCUGGAUGAACACACGAGCAAAGAAGAUCCAGCGGAAGCCCGAGCCUGAGCACCGUCUAUGGCUCAGCUACAUCGGCUAUAUCUGUUCCAUUGUGGGUCUGAUCGUCUUCCUGGUGUGCACUCAGGAAUCUGCGACAGGCCACUGGAACGUAGCACCUAUCAUCGGUAUCGCCAUUGGAGCCGGCGGUAACCAGAUUGUAACCACCGUCCUUGUCACGUACGCCGUAGACUGCUAUCCCACCGAAGCUGCCAGUGUCGGGGUGUGUAUCACGUUCGUUCGACAGAUAUGGGGUUUCUUGGGGCCGUUUUGGUUUCCGCCUAUGUUUGAAACAGUCGGUGUGGCAGCGAGUGCAGGUGUUGGGUGCGCUCUCAUCGUGGGUGUCAGUGUUAUUCCGACUCUAUUCCUUCACUUCAUGGGUCGGAAAUGGCGUCCGGACAUCCACACAUGA